AUGGACGUCCUGAAGCGCGUGCACCAAGAGGCGGCGGCGCGCGGCGCGGGGGUGCUCUUCCUGGGUGACUUCUGGGACCGUAGAGGGGACUUGCCAGUGGGGCCCCUCAACCAGAGGGCCCACGCCAAAGAUGGCGCAGCGGCCUACGGGCGCCGGGUCGACGCUCCCGCCGCCGCCUGGGAGCGCGCGUGCGGCAAGCCGCGCCCGCGGCUGCAAGCACGCCGCGCCCGCCGCCUGAGGCCCGCCGGCCGCGCCCUCUGCAGGCGCGCCGCACGGCGGAGGCUUUCGCAUAUCAGCUCGCGGCCGUCUCGGCGCGUCGACCAAGCAGGUCGCCACCACUCCCUGACGCCGCUGGCGGCCGUGUGCCGGCGGGCGCACGUGUUCACUGAGCCGUCGCACUACGCAGGAGCCCUGUGGCUGCCGUACAGGCGCGACGAGUCGGUGCUGAGGGCGGCGCUCGCGGCGGCGGCGGGGCGCGGCGCCACGAAGGCUAUCUUCGCCCACGCCGACACGAUGGGCGCCCACAUGAACGCGGCCCACCAGGCCAGCAGUGGGCUGCCCACCGACGCCUUCCCCCUGGACAUCCCGGUCUUCAUGGGUCACUACCACAUGCCCCAGACUGUCCCAGGGACGAGAAUCACGUACAUCGGCUCUCCCUACCAAGUGUCGCGGUCCGAGGCGGGCCAGUCCAAGCGGCUGCUGCUGCUGAGUCCGGAGUGGCAGGCGGUUGCAGACAUCCCCCUUGAGAUGGGACCCAGGCACUUCACGUUUGCCACAACAACCGGCUCCUCCCCCGACCCCUCAGCCGCCGCCGACGGCAGCGAUGCAGCAUCGGACCUCCUAACGGCCGCCGCCUCGGCGGCGCCCGCGGCCGCGACGCCGGACGGCAUCCGGGAGCUGCUGGCCGGCGGCCGCCUGCGCGCGGGGGACCGCGUGCGGGUGGCGGUGGCAGAUGGGCGGGCGGUGGACGAUAUGGCAGAGCUGCAGAAGGGGAUGGCAGCCGCGGGGCUGGAAGUGGAGGGCUUCGGACCCUUCGAGUCUGCGGUGUCGUACCCUCUGGCCGGCCGCGGCCUGGUGGCGCUGACCGGGCGCAACGAGGACGACGGCAGCGCGGAGAGCAACGGCGCGGGCAAGACCAGCCUGGCCACGGCCCUGCUGUGGGCGAUGAAGGCGGAGGGCGGCGAGCGGCGGACGCAGGCGCAAGUGGUAAACGAAAACUCCCGAGGAGCGCGCGUCAGGGUGUGGGGGCGCGUCAACGGGGACGCGUUCGUUGUUGAGAGGAGCGUGCGGCUGCGCAACGGGCGCACUUCAGAUGCGAAGCUCUCGCUGGAGAUCGGCGGGCAGGACUACACCCAGCAGGCCAUUGACCUAACGGAGCGGGUGCUGCGGGAGCGCUUCGCGUCUCCCCUGCUGGGGCGCUCCAUGUUCUUUGGUCAGGAGGAGCUCAUGGCACUCCUGCAGGCGCGGGACCGCGACUUCAAGGAAAUCCUGUCAGCCAUAGUGGACACCGCCUGCUGGGACACCGCCAAGGCCGCCGCCGCCGCACAGCUCAAGGCGCACAACGCUGACCUGGCUUCGUGCGACGCCGGGGCGCGGCACAUGGCGGCGGCCGUAGAGAGGACGGAAGCUGAGCUGGCGGCGGCAGGGCGCGAGGAGCGGCAGUGGGAGGUGGCGCGGCAGCAGCAGCAGGCUGCAGCCCAGCACGAAAUCGAGCAACGCCGCCAGCAGCUGCGCGGCCACCUUCUUUCCGGCUUCCAGAUCAGAUCAGACCUGUCGAUCUGGCUGGAAGCCGCGCAGGUGGACGAGGGGCGGCUGCUGUCGGAGAGGGAGGAAGCCGAGCGGCAGCUGCAGCGGCUGCAGGCGGAAGCCGAGCGGGCGCAGGCUGAGCUUGACGCGGCGCUCGGGCGGCAGGCGGCGGCGCGGGCUCAGUGGGAGGAGCAGCAGCAGCAGGCGCAGCAGCGGGCCGCAGCCCGUGCCGCAGAGGCGGCGGAGGAGGACAGGCGCCGCCGCCAGCAGCAGCAGCAGCAGGCGGCAGGCGGACCGAGCGGCGCAGAGGGCCUCCCCUGGUUUGAUGAGGCUGCAGCGGAAGCUUCCGACCGCGCCCGCGCUGCUGCGUGCCGCGCGGCGCGCGCCGCGCGCGACGCCGCGCACGCCGCCGCGGCGGCGCUGCGGGCGAGGCUGCACGCGGCGGAGGGGCGGGCGGUGCAGUAUGGCCAGCUAGUGCCACAGGGCGGCGGCGUUGGGGACGGGGGGGCCAGCGGCGGUGCCGGGCGCCUCGCAAGCGUGGUUGCGGCCGCGUCGGCGCCGCUGCCGGCGGCGUGGCAGCAGCACGCGGCGGGCCCGCAGCGGCGGCGGCCGCGCUCUCCGGGCAGCGAGCAGGGCAAGCCGAGCCUCAGCACACGUGCAGUCCGAUUGACCUUCUGA